AUGGUUGAAGAACAAAAGCAACUUUUCGACGCGAUCUUUGAUAGUAACGAGAGCGAUAGAGGUGCUUUUCGAUCGCCAAUGCCCUGUCACGUCUUAAAUUCAAGCUACAACAGAACUCCCUUUCCGAUUCAUAAUGGCGGUAUAGUCGCUGGCUCGGCCUUCUCUACCCCACCAUAUGGCGCGUUUCCCUCUCAAGUUCAGCGAGAGGUAGCAAGUCGGAUUCCUCCCUUUAUAGGAAAUCAAUUUCUUGCUCAAAAUUGCCCAUACAAUUCUAAAUCUUUCGAGAAUCCAAGUGCAUUCAACUUUUCUCAGCAACCUAGUAUUCCAAAUCUACUGCCAUCUCCGAAUCUGGUGGAAUAUGGUCAUCCCUUUUUUUUUACAAACCAUAUGCCUCCCCAUAUGUCAACUCAUCUGUCACCAUAUAUGUCUCCUCAUCCAGAUCCUAGCUUAAUGUCUUAUUCACCUCACACUCCUCCCUCAUCAAAGUUUUUACGUCCUCUUCCAAGGAGACCUGAUAGUUCCCCACUUGAAUCUUAUGGUUUACGGACUGAAAAUUCCAGUCCAUUUUAUCCAACAAAUGAUCAAAAUAUCCAUCAUUCUAUAUCAAAUUGGUACUUGAGAUGUGUUACCCUGACAGAUAACAAAGGUUCUUUUCCACCUGGAACUGAUGUAUGGAUUAUACUCUCUGGUGUCCUUAAAAAAUCAGAUGGUCAAAAUCAGUAUUAUUCGAAAUUUAGUAAAGAAGAUCUCGAUCAAAAUAAUUCUGAUGAUAGUUAUCCUAUUGUACAAGUGAUUAUUGAUAAUUCUAAUAUUGACAUUCAAUUAGAUGAUUACUGCUUAACAGAAAAUGAGAGUAACGAGAAUCAACAAUUAGAAUUAAAUGAUUUUAAUGAUAGUAACGAAGAACAACAAUUAAACUUGAAUAAUUUUAAUGAGAAUGAGAAUAACGAGGAGUUACAAUUGGACUUGAACAAUCCUAAUGAGAAUAACGACGAGUUACAAUUGGACUUGAACAAUUCUAAUGAGAAUACCGACGAACUACAGUUGGACUUGAACAAUCCUAAUGAGAAUAACGAGGAACCACAAUCGGACUUGAACAAUCCUAAUGAGAAUAACGAGGAACUACAAUCGAACUUGAACAAUCCUAAUGAGAAUAACGACGAACUACAAUUGGACUUGAACAAUUCUAAUGAGAAUAACGAGAAGCUACAAUUGGACUUGAACAAUCCUAAUGAGAAUAACGAGGAGCUACAAUCAGAAUUGAUCAAUCCUAAUGAUAAUAACGAGGAACUACCGAUGGACUUGAAUAAUCCUAAUGAUAAUAACGAGGAACUACCAUUGGACUUGAAUGAUCCUAAUGAGGAUAAAGAAGAGCGACAAUUGGGCUUGAACGAUCCUAACGAGAAUAACGAGGAUCUACAAUUGGACUUGAACAGUCCUAGUGAGAAUAACGAAGAUCUUCAAUUUGACCUGAACAGUCCCAGUGAGAAUAACGGGGAUCUACAAUUGGACUUGAACAAUCCUAAUAAGAAUAAUAGGGAUCUACAAUUGGACUUGAAUAGUCCUAGUGAUAAUAACGAGGAUAUUCAAUUUGACUUGAACUGUCCCAGUGAGAAUAACGAGGAUCUACAAUUUGACUUGAGCAGUCCCGGUGAGAAUAACAGGGAUCUACAAUUUGACUUAAACAAUCCUAAUAAGAAGGAUAGGGAUCUACAAUUUGACUCGGACAAUCCUAAUAAGAACGUGGAUGAUUCUAAUAAAAAUAAUAGGAAACGACAUUUGGAGCUGAACGAUUCUAAUAAAAAAAAUAAUGGAAAACGACACUUGGAGUUGAACGAUUCUAAUAAUAAUAGUGGAAAGCGACAAUUGAGCUCUAAAAAGUGGAAUAAAACUUCUAAACCGACAAAAUCAGAAGCUGUUACAAUAAAAACUUCUAAACCGACAAAAUCAGAAGCUGUUACAAUAAAAACUUCUAAACCGACAAAAUCAGAAGCUGUUACAAUAAAAACUUCUAAACCGACAAAAUCAGAAGCU